CUUCUUCUUCUGCGGUGACACAUUGACAUUUAAGGACAUUUAUGGAGAGGUGUGUGCGGGGAUCUGUAGUGAGUGAGAUUAGUCUUUGAGCAGUGCCACCGAGGAGUGUCAUGGCUGUCACGUGCGGAGAUGACAGUGAACGGUAUCCAAAAGGCUACGAUGACUCUUCUCGAACACGAAAUAAAUAGAGAAUGAACGUAUAUUGAGAAGCAUUUCUGCUGAUACUGUGACCAAAGAUAACGUCUUUAGGAUAUACUGACCUUCACGGAGGAUGAAAUGACCUCACCGUGACCUCGAUAUCACGGAUGAUUGUUCUACUAUGAAAGCCACGAAAAUGUUUUCCAACCGGGAGAGGAGUCCCAAGGUGAUGGAGUAGCCGCGGUGGGAGUCAGUCGUCAGCAGCCGUCAGUAGCGCCCGUGGAUUCGCUGGAGCCAAGAGGUGGUUGCGUGGGAUGUGAGACCCUCCCCCCCUCGUGUCCUUCUUCAGCGCCGCCACCUAGACAGAGCGCGGGAGGCGGGGAUGCCGCUUCAAGAUGCCUCGUCCUGCCACCACUGCCACAUCCACGCCCCCAUCCCGACGGAGGACCUGAAGCGCACGCAUCCCCUCAGGUCGUCCCAGGUCGGCAAGCCGCAUGACUCCUUCUCGUGUCGCGGCCAUGACUUCACUCGCGGCUUCAAGAAGAACGUGUCCUUCCUCUACGGGAAGAUCCAGAGGCGGGAUGCCCGGAGCGCGCCCAAGGAAACGCAGAGCAACGGCAGGAUCCCCCCGCCGCCGCCGCUGCCGCAGCACAUCAGGACGGUCGACCUCCCCCCCGUGGUAGUGGUGGAGACGCCGGUGUCUCGGGCCGCCAUUUCGAAGGUCCAGACGCCGGUGCUCAACGCCCUCACGCUCGCGCCGGCGCGCUGCGCCCCGGUGAUGAGCGCCGCCCUACCUCCAAGCCCGGCGUCCAGCCUCCCUCCGCCGGUCCCCCCGCACCUGCACGACGUGCGAAGUCGGCGCAAGGGCGGCUCGGGGAUGGCGGGAGUGCAGACUGCGGUCCUCAUCGGCGCCUACGCCCUCCUGUUAGUGCUCGCCGUCGUGAUCGGCGUUGUCAUCAGCCAGCAGAACCCGCGCAGGGGCGCCGUCCGGGGCCGCCCUCGCGCCGGCUCCCCCGUCCGAGGCGCCUCUCCCGCUCCUCUCGGCAAUGGGCCCGUGAGAAUCGGCCGCCCACGCGGUGCUCCUCGUGCAGGCCGCCCCGCUGCUCCUCGCCCACCACCACCCCCACCCACCUCUGCUCCAGAUUAUGACUACGUUUACGUCGAUGACAUCGGCCAGGACAUCACCCUCCUGCCCAACCCUGUAGUCGCCAGCGCCCCCCCUCCUCCUCCUCCUCCCCCCACAUCAGCCCCCGUGUUCAGGCCCCUCCCCGCCCCCGCCCCUCGCCGCCCGGAGCCCCAGCCCGCCCCUAGCCGCCCCCCUCCACCACGUCGCCAGAACAUCCCCCUCGCCAGCAUCGACAGGGACUUCAGCCUCCAGCCCGACGAAACCCCCCGCGGCCGCAAGGAGCCUGAGGUGAAGAUCCUGAGGUCGUGGUCUCACCAGAACGCCGACGGCACCUUCUCCUGGGGCUACAUCAACACCGACGGCUCCUUCAAGAACGAGACCCGCGGCCUGGACUGCGUCGUCAACGGAGUCUACGGCUAUAUCGACCAGGAGACGGGCGAGCAGCUGUCCUUCCCCUACACGUCUGGCAACCCCUGCGACCCCGACGCCCCUGACUACUACGACUACGACCUCCAGGGCUCCCCCAUCGGCGACGUCGGUGAGACAAUCAUCCGCGGCCCCGUCGGACGCCCUCGCCAAGGGUGAUCGGAGCGCCCACGCAGGAGUGGGCGAAGGACGCGCCCCAGUGAGGCCCGCCCUAGGUCCAGACCCCAUGGUCUUUAAGCCUUAAAUGUAUACGUUUGUUCCAAAUGUAUACGAUCCUCCUUUCCCUAUUUCUCAAACUGCCAUAAUUCUAAUCCAAAAUCUAUCUAUUGUUUCACGCAUGGAAGUAUUACCAUAUUUAUAAACUAUAUGGAUAUGCAAGGAAAUUUAUAUGUACAUACUGAUCUUUUCAUUUGAUCUGUUUUCUUCAGACGUGCACGUUACCACCGCAAAUGUGCUCUGAUUACUGUAUAAACGUAUUAGUAUAGAUUGAUGAACUGAUAUACUAUCGGUUUUUCCCGUGUAAUCUUUAAUAAAAA